AUGGCUGGGCUCAAGGUAAGGAGGCAGAACUUCAGUAAAUAUUACCUCCUUUUAUGAUUAAGCAAUGUUCAGGUUAUAUAUUAUUGCGGGGAUUGACUGUUAUUUUUCAUUCAUUGUUUUCUUCAUUAUAUAUUUUUACAUGUAGGAACGAUAAUAAUUUUUAUUCUUCUGUCAUUUGAAUGUUUUACUUUAUGGGUCAUGGAGCUAUCAAUCGCAUCAACUAAUGUCAGAAAUCUUACAAUAUGCAAGACUUAACUGUGUGUAAGCUAUACAUCUGUAGCCUACUGUCGCUGUCAAGCGGUGCGCUGAAGGGGCGUUCCCUUCUGUCCAAUCAUCGGGCUGGAUUCAGCAGCUGCCCAGAUGUUGUGCCCAAGCGGCUUGUGGAGCGCAGAGUUCUGAGCGCUGUAGGCUAAACACAGUGGCAGUGUGUGUCUGUUAUCAGUUAACGUCAGUUGACAUUUAUAUAAUAUAUUCUAUUACCACUGUAUUGUUUACUGAGACUUCAGACAUUCUUCUCCCCACAAAGUAAAGUAGCCUACUCCGUAAGGAAUGUAGGUCACGUGUGCGCGUACAUUAUUGGAAACAGACCCGUGCGCUUUUGCAGACCGCGCGAUGACUCAGCACCAUUUUUAGGUUCGUGCGCGGGCCAAGUUCCUAGUGUAGCAGAGAAGAGAGUAAGAGGGGUCGUCCUGUGGAGUUGCAUGCCUAUCAGAGUAGUCAUGUAUGUUUGCAUUGUGUGUCAAGUAUGCAAACAGAUGACACAAGUAGCAUGACUCAACAUUGACGCCAAUCAAAGUAUAGUUAUCAUGUCACAAUAUCACCCAAUAUGUAUUUUUUUUAAAGACUAGGCCUAUCACUGUCCACUCAACUGUCUGUCCCCUAAUAUGUUGCUCUCUUCCAGUACCUGAGUGGGUUUGGGAAUGAGUUCUCCUCUGAAGACCCUCGCUGUCCAGGAGCCUUACCUGAAGGACAGGUAACAUUCCAUAGAGGGGUUGGUUGCUUAGCAACAAAACCAACUCUUGCACAACUAUGGGCAAAACAGAUGGGGUUGGCUUAGAUUGUUGACAACAUGUAAACUAUAUUUCGUCUCCAAUGUUUAUUGAAAACAUACAUACAUUUGCACAAUGAGCAUUUGUUGUCUCUCAAAUAUAUACAUUGUUACAGUUGUUGGUUAGCUUGUGAUUUUUUGCCAUAUUACCACAUGACAUCAGUCAAAACACAUCAAAACAAGACAUGAUAUCAGUAAUAAUAUACAACGAGCUGAAAUGAGCCACUUACGAUUCCCCACAUGGUAGCUUCUUGUCAUUGUUGCUAGCUAUCUGGCCAUCCAUAAUCACAACAACACAAAGACUUCUGCCCCAUUGAAGUGCGGGCAUUGUUUUUGUGACGUCAGCUAACCCAUCUAUACCCCUCAUCUGUUAUCCAGCAACACCCCCUCACACCCACAUUACCACCGGCAUAAGGCAGUUUCUCUGGACCCCCGCAAGUUCGGAGUUACCCCCCCCCCCCCCCCCCCCCCCCCCCCCCAGCCAGACAGACACUUACAAAGUAGGUCUAUACAGGGUCAAUCUAGACCCAUGGCCCUUCUAGCUGUCUCUAUUUAGAACAAAAUGUAAGCAAAAAUGUCCACAGUCAUCAAGCUAGGUAAGAGAUCAUUAUUAAAUAUGUUUUAAGUGAUUGAUAAGACUGAACUAGAUCAAUGAUAUUUCAAUAAUCAAUAUUGUGUUGCACCUUUAACCAAUAGCCUAACAAAUGAACAACUCUUACAAAUAAAGUACAAAGACAACUUUUGAUUGUCUUUAUUAAGACAUCCUCCAUAUCAAAUUUCAGCCAGACCGCCCAGCCAGCCCGAGCCACCUACACGCCAGACCCCCACCAGUCUUGUCAGUAACUCAACUCUCUCCCCAACAACUUCCUUCCCAUCUUUUUUUUAUGUCUCAAGGGAAAGGUUUGAAAAACAUACGUUUAAUAAAAACACACAUACACCUACAUAUGAACACCCAGAAACAGUACAUCCUCCAUAUAAUUCACAUCAUAGACCUAAUAGUACAGUAGAGCUCUUUUUGCACACAAUAUAGCUUGGUCACCCCGUCCUGCCCCUAGGGGUCCACGGCCCUGCAGUGCCCCAACCCAACACACCCCACUCAGCUUUAGGAUCUUAGUGAAACAUUCAUUAUUGGUUUCAGUUGUGUUAGGCCAAGUCCAGAGUGAGAACCAACAGUACGGCAGACCCUCAGGGCCAGGACUGAGCAGCCCAGUAGCUAGGGAUUGCCUAAAUAGGUAUCUUCCCUGAUGUAGGCAUGUUUUCAAUACAGACUCCUUUUGUCGAACAGUAUUCCAUCUAAGGCAUCCAGACCUUAUGAAAAUUGCACAGUAUACCCUUAAUCUUGUAAUAAUUAAAAUCUAGUGAUACAUAACUUGACAUUUCUGCCAUCCAUUGCGGGAGGAUAACCAACCGUCCAAUUAAUGGCAAUGCAUUUCUUAACCGCUAUCAAUGCUAGGUUACACCGAUUCUUCUGAUAACAGUCUCCAGGAUCAACAUUUCCAAGCAAACAAAAACAGGGUGAAGGGAGAAUCUGUAGACAUGCUCAGAUAAAAUAACAUACUCUUUGCCAGAAUUCAGCCAGCCUUCAAAAGACUAUAACAUAUGCAAAUAUGUCCCCUUUUGUCUUAUUGGGAAAAGGCUCUAUCAACCCUUGAAACUGUUUGUAAAUCAACUUUAGAUGUUUGUCAGACCGCCUUAAAAUAGUUUCAAUCUUUUAAGCUUCUUGCUUGUCCAGUGUUUGCUGCACAGAGAGAAUAAAGUGUUGUGUCUGCAAAGGUUCUCUGGCUACCUGACCCUGGUAAGACCCCUGUCACCAUCUGAUCCUGCUCAGAUGAGGCAUGACAAAGAAUUACCUUGGUGUACAUUUAUACAUUAUAUUAUCCAAUAAUAUAAUCAAUGGUUCAAUAAUUGAAAUGACCAUUAUUCCCAGAUCCCAGACUGUAGCCUACCCAUCAACUCAAGAUGGAACUUUGUAUCCAUUCAGUGAUUGUUAUAAUAUACUGCAAAAUUCACCUGAGUGCCGUAGACUGGUCUUCCCUGGCUGUCUGACCCUGCAUGGACACCUGUCACCAUCUGAUUCUGCUAAGACAUGAUGAGCAUAGGGUUGUGUACUGACUGUGCACCAUGACAGUGAAGACUGUAGAGCUGUUUAUACCGUAUCAGUGUGAAAAGUAGGAAAUUAGCUAGGGAAACUGACAGAUCAACAACGUUACAUUGCUAUACUGACUAAUAAAAACUCACAUUGCACUGAAAAAAAGUCAGAAUAUCAGUCUUCAAUCGUUUGGCUGCUGGUUUCAUCGUUUGAUUCAGGUCUAGAGUGAUUGAAGCAAAAAUAAUAGCUAACGUUAGUGAGCUAGUGAGCUAGCUAGCUAAAGUUAGCCAACUAAUGGUACAAUGGUACAUCAUCACAUUUACUUCUGUUGAAAUGGGACAAAACAAAGGCUACAAAACAUAUCCAUACACACAAGAGCUGUUAGAUACUGCUACCUGACAGAUAGCUAGAGGCUAGCUAGAGCUGAACAGGCUGCGGUAGCUACUAGCUAGCUAACUAAACUAGCUGCUAGUAGUUCAUUUACUUCAGUGGAGAGGGGCUGAAACAUUUGCUAACGUAACAUGUCAGUUACACAACUAGCUCAGCGCUGGGAAUAAAUACAUUUUUUUUCUGUCAAACAGCAGUUACUUUGCCAGCUAGAUCAGUCAACUAAAGAGUAGCCAGUUUCUGCUCUGCUUUCUUUUACAUCUCUGAGAAAAAGUACAACAUACACAGACAGCAGCUGCCUCUGUUCAUCUCUCACAUGCUGGUUCUAUACACCAGCCUUUCAGAAGCUUUGCCUUCACAUAGCCAGCCUGUCCACACACUCUGUGGUGUCCAUGCGGUCCUAAAUCCAGCUGUCUAAAACCGGAAAACAGCCUACCCAACCGCUCUGAGGCGUCUGCAUGGUCCUAAAGCACACCAGUGCCGCAUUUUGUAUCAAUAAUACAACUGGGGGGGGGGGGGGGGGGGUCAUGUCUCCCCGUCCCCAGUGAAAGUUGCGCCCCUGUAUAUAGCUGCGCCCCAAUAGCUGUCAAUGGUGCUGAAAUUGCUACAUGUCUAUGUGGUUGCCUAUCAAAUAGAUGAUAUGGCUUUCUGUGGUGCCAGGGCAUGUACCCUAUAGCUUUGCUUUAGCUAAUGGAUAAAUGUUUAUUGGUAUGCCUAUUUGGUCGUCAUUUUCUCAUGUUAAGCCUAACAUUUCAGGAAGCUAUAGCCUAUGCGGUCUUGCAAGGCUGCCAUGAUUUAGACUGCUGGCUGGCGGCAAUAAUUUAAUUAGGCCUACUUGUUCAUUAAUUAAAGUUAGAAAUUCAAACAUUGCAGAUUGUAAAAUAAAUGUUUGAUACAACAGCAAACAAUCAGCAAACAAUUGAUAAAAAUAAUAAUAAUACAACUGUCCUGUAUAACCUACAUGACAAGAGCUGUCCUCACGCCCUCUCCCAUCUUGGAGACAUCAUAGACUUGACAACGGCAUUUCUUCACCGAUAUCCCCUUACUUUCAAUCAGUUCAAUUAUUUAUUUUCCAAGGCCUGAGGUACUUUGAUCAGUCACAUUCUUGGAGCCCAAGUCGGAAGUUUACAUACACUUAGGUUGGAGUCAUUAAAACUCGUUUUUCAACCACUACACACAUUUCUUGUUAACAAACUAUAGUUUUGGCAAGUCGGUUAGGACAUCUACUUUGUGCAUGACACAAGUAAUUUUUCCAACAAUUGUUAACAGACAGAUUAUUUCACUUAUAAUUCACUGUAUCACAAUUACAGUGGGUCAGAAGUUUACAUACACUAAGUUGACUGUUCCUUUAAACAGCUUGGAAAAUUCCAGAAAUUGAUGUCAUGGCUUUAGAAGCUUCUGAUAGGCUAAUUGACAUAAUUUGAGUCAAUUGGAGGUGUACCUGUGGAUGUAUUUCAAGGCCUAUCUUCAAACUCAGUGCCUCUUUGCUUGACAUCAUGGGAAAAUGAAAAUAAAUCAGCCAAGACCUCAGAAAAAAAUGUGUAGACCUCCACAAGUCUGGUUCAUCCUUGGGAGCAAUUUCCAAACGCCUAAAGGUACCACGUUAAUCUGUACAAACAAUAGUACGCAAGUAUAAACACCAUGGGACCAUGCAGCCGUCAUACCGCUCAGGAAGGAGACGCGUUCUGUCUCCUAGAGAUGAACGUACUUUGGUGCAAAAAGUGCAAAUCAAUCCCAGAACAACAGCAAAGGUCCUUGUGAAAAUGCUGGAGGAAACAGGUACACAAGUAUGUAUAUCCACAGUAAAACGAGUCCUAUAUCGACAUAACCUGAAAGGCCACUCAGUAAGGAAGAGGCCACUGCUCCAAAACCGCCAUAAAAAAGCCAGACUACGGUUUGCAACUGCACAUGGGGACAAAGAUUGUACUUUUUGGGGAAAUGUCGUCUGGUCUGAUGAAACAAAAACAGAACUGUUUGGCCAUAAUGACCAUCGUUAUGUUUAGAGGAAAAAGGGGGUGCUUGCAAGCCGAAGAACACCAUCACAACCGUGAAGCACGGGGGUGGCAGCAUCAUGCUGUGGGGGUGCUUUGCUGCAGGAGAGACUGUUGCACUUCACAAAAUAGAUGGCAUCAUGAGGAAGGAAAAUUAUGUGGAUAUAUUGAAGCAACAUCUCAAGACAUCAGUCAGGAAGUUAAAGCUUGGUCGCAAAUGGGUCUUCCAAAUGGACAAUGACCCCAAGCAUACUUCCAAAGUUGUGGCAAAAUGGCUUAAGGACAACAAAGUCAAGGUAUUGGAGUGGCCAUCACAAAGCCCUGACCUCAAUCCUAUAGAAAAGUUGUGGGCAGAACUGAAAAAGCGUGUGUGAGCAAGGAGGCCUACAAACCUGACUCAGUUACAUCAGCUCUGUCGGGAGUAAUGGGCUAAAAUUCACCCAACUUAUUGUGGGAAGCUUGUGGAAGGCUACCCGAAACGUUUGACCCAAGUUAAACAAUUUAAAGGCAAUGCUACCAAAUACUAAUUGAGUGUAUGUAAACUUCUGACCCACUGGGAAUGCGACUUAAAAUAAAGUGGUGAUCCUAACUGACCUAAGACAGGGAAUAUUUACUAGGAUUAAAUGUCAGACAUUUUUAAAAACUGAGUUUAAAUGUAUUUGGCUAAGGUGUAUGUAAACUUCCGACUUCAACUGUACUUAGCUUCCUAGUACAUAUGGAAAUUAAAAAGGUUUAUGAAUUACUUUUUGGAGGGGUUACUGUCAAAAUUAUUUAUUAAAUACAAAAAUAAUAAUAGACACCGAUGACAGGUGCAUGGGCCCCCAGAGCUUGUAGGCAGGGGGCUGCGGGGGUGUCUGGUACACCAGUGUACGUUACCCCCCUCUAGGAUGUUGAACCCAGCUCUGUUGUCUCUCCAGAACAACCCUCAGGUGUGUCCCUACGGUCUCUACGCUGAACAACUCUCCGGCUCCGCUUUCACCUGCCCACGGCCAACCAAUAAGAGGAGGUAUCCAGUCAUUGCAUAGUGAUUGACAGAAACUUCUCCUUCUCUUUCAUCGCUCAGAUUUAAUACAUAGGCCUACACGGAAGCCUCGUUUACACCUGCCGCUAAUAUGUGAGUUUUGUGAUCUGAUCAAUAAGAUCUAAUCACUAUGGCUGCGUUUACACAGGCAGCCCAAUUCUGAUCUUUUGCUACUAAUUGGUCUUUUGAUGCAGCCUAUCUGAUCAAGGUUUGUCACGUCUACACAUUGUAUUAAAAUAUGUCUCAUCCAUCCACUGUGUCAGCAUGAGACCAUAUUAGCUGGUGCCUCCUUGUAUACAAAUUCUUUGACAGAUAUUCUGAAUUCAUUUAUUUUAAGACAAUUACUGAUGCCGUAAGUCAAUGAUGCUGCCUGUCAAUGAUUUUAGAGGCCAGUAUAAUGAUGAUUUAAAUAGUUUGACCAUCCAGAUCUAUUUACACUUGAUUGAUAUCCAAACACAAUGCGUGCCUGACUACCUCUGGAGGUGGUCAGGAAGAUAUGAUAACAAUCAGAUCACAAGUUGUCUUUUAAUCAUCUACACCUGUCUAAAAAUGUUGGCACAAUCAGUAGGUGUGACAAGAUUAAGACAAAGGGCGCAUGUUAGCACCAGAUAUAGGGCAGCAGGUAGCCUUGCAGUUACGAGCGUUGGGAUAGUAACCAGGGUUAGGUAUCUUACUUUCUAAAUGUAAUCCAUUACUGUUACUAGUUACCUGUCCAAAAUUGUAAUCAGUAAGUAACUUUUGGAUUACCCCAACUCAGUAAUGUAAUCUGAUUACUUCCAGUUAUUUUUUGAUUACUUUCCCCUUAAGAGGCAUUAGAAGAAGACAAAAAAACAAUCCAUCAAAGGCAUUUGGUUUGUCAUCAUAGUGGUCUCUGACUUGUGGUCAGACUCGCUGUGGUGGAAUAAAUGUAAACUUGCACCUUUUUUAAAUGCUGAAUUGAAUGUUAUUGAAAAAACAGAAAGGUGUCAUAAUGUAAUCCAAUAAUGUAAUACAAAAAAAAAUUCUGGUAAGGUAACUGAUUACAUUUACAUUUUUUUUGUACAUGUAAUCAGUUACUCCCCAACCCUGCCAGUAACCGAAAGGUCACUAGUUUGAAUCCCCGAGCCGACUAGGUGAAAAAAAUCUGUCCAUGUGCCAUUGAGCAAGGCACUUAACCCUAAUUGCUCCUGAAAAUAGCUCUGUAUAAGUGCGUCUGCUAAAUGACUAAAAUGUACAAAUGUAAUAAACAUUAUUCAGACACUUAAUCAUGAACAUACACAGACAUUCUCUCUCUCUUUCCUAACUCCAUUUCCUUGUUUCCCAGCUGGUUCUACCGUAUCCUGCCAUCUGUCCGUCACAAGCCCUACACCGCAAUGCACUGUGGGAGCCUAACAGAGAAGUGGGAUGAAGUGGAACCUGACCCUAACCAGGUAGAGGAAGAGAGAGAGAGAGCGAGAGAGAGAGAAAGGAAAAGGCCAGGGUUUGGGAAGUGAGACAAUGGAGAUAAUUAGAGAGAGAUUAGGAGGAAGAAACUGAGAAAUGUGGUUUUGAAAUGUUUUUUUCUGACUCUUAGCUACGAUGGCUGCCAUUCACCAUCCCCAAAUCCUCAGAAAAGAAAGUGGACUUUGUGACAGUAAGACAUUAACCCUCCAUCAUUAAACCCUCUGGUUUUCCAUGACAGCGAUUAGCUGUUUCUGGUACAGCCUAUCUUCUUUCCUGGGUCUGAUUGGUUCUCCCAUGUGUCAAUCCUAGGGUCUGCACACCCUAUGUGGAGCAGGAGACGCCAAGUCCCGCAACGGGAUCGGCAUCCACAUGUUCACCUGCAACAUCUCCAUGAUUGACAGGUGUGUGUAUAUUUCCAUUGUAUGAUACCAUUAUAUACAGUUGAAGUCGGAAGUUUACAUACACUUAGGUUGGAGUCAUUAAAACUCAUUUUUCAAUCACUCCACAAAUUUCUUGUUAAAAAACUAUAGUUUUAGCAAGUCGGUUAGGACAUCUUCUUUGUGCAUGACACUUGUAAUUUUUCCAACAAUUGUUUACAGACAGAUUAUUUCACUUAUAGUUCACUGUAUCACAAUUCCAGUGGGUCAGAAGUUUACAUACACUAAGUUGACUGUGCCUUUAAACAGCUUGGAAAAUUCCAGAAAAUUAUGUCAUGGCUUUAGAAGCUUCUGAUAGGCUAAUUGACAUCAUUUGAGUCAAUUGGAGGUGUACCCGUGGAUGUAUUUCAAGGCCUACCUUCAAACUCAGUGCCUCUUUGCUUGACAUCAUGGGAAAAUCAAAAGAUGGCAUCAUGAGGAAGGAAAAUUAUGUGGAUAUAUUGUAGCAACAUCUCAAGACAUCAGUCAGGAAGUUAAAGCUUGGUCGCAAAUGGGUCUUCCAAAUGGACAAUGACCCCAAGCACACUUCCAAAGUUGUGGCAAAAUGGUUUAAGGACAACAAAGUUAAGGUAUUGGAGUGGCCAUCACAAAGCCUUGACCUCAAUCCUAUAGAAAAUGUGUGGGCAGAACUGAAAAAGCGUGUGCGAGCAAGGAGGCCUACAAACCUGACUCAGUUACACCAGCUCUGUCAGGAGGAAUGGGCCAAAAUUCACCCAACUUAUUGUGGGAAGCUUGUGGAAGGCUACCCGAAACGUUUGUCAGGAUGUCAGGGACAAGAUUGUAGACCUACACAAGGCUGGAAUGGGCUACAAGACCAUCGCCAAUCAGCUUGGUGAGAAGGUGACAACAGUUGGUGCGAUUAUUCGCAAAUGGAAGAAACACAAAAUAACUGUCAAUCUCCCUCGGCCUGGGGCUCCAUGCAAGAUCUCACCUCGUGGAGUUGCAAUGAUCAUGAGAAUGGUGAGGAAUCAGCCCAGAACUACACGGGAGGAUCUUGUCAAUGAUCUCAAGGCAGCUGGGACUAUAGUCACCAAGAAAACAAUUGGUAACACACUACGCCGUGAAUGACUGAAAUCCUGCAGCGCCCGCAAGGUCUCCCUGCUCAAGAAAGCACAUAUACAGGGCCGUCUGAAGUUUGCCAAUGAACAUCUGAAUGAUUCAGAGGAGAACUGGGUGAAAGUGGUGUGGUCAGAUGAGACCAAAUCGAGCUCUUUGGCAUCAACUCAACUCGCCGUGUUUGGAGGAGGAGGAAUGCUGCCUAUGACCCCAAGAACACCAUCCCCACCAUCAAACAUGGAGGUGGAAACAUUAUGCUUUGGGGGUGUUUUUCUGCUAAGGGGACAGGACAACUUCACCGCAUCAAAGGGAUGAUGGACGGGGCCAUGUACCGUCAAAUCUUGGGUAAGAACCUCCUUCCCUCAGCCAGGGCAUUGAAAAUGGGUCGUGGAUGGGUAUUCCAGCAUGACAAUGACCCAAAACACACGGCCAAGGCAACAAAGGAGUGGCUCAAGCAGAAGCACAUUAAGGUCCUGGAGUGGCUUAGCCAGUCUCCAGACCUUAAUCCCAUAGAAAAUCUGUAGAGGGAGCUGAAGGUUCGAGUUGGAAAACGUCAGCCUCGAAACCUUAAUGACUUGGAGAAGAUCUGCAAAGAGGAGUGGAACAAAAUCCCUCCUGAGAUGUGUGCAAACCUGGUGGCCAACUACAAGAAACGUCUGACCUCUGUGAUUGCCAACAAGGGUUUUGCCACCAAGUACUAAGUCAUGUUUUGCAGAGGGGUCAAAUACUUAUUUCCCUCAUUAAAAUGCAAAUCAAUUUAUAAUAUUUUUGACAUGCGUUUUUCUGGAUUUUUUUGUUAUUCUGUCUCUCACUGUUCAAAUAAACCUACCAUUAAAAUGAUAGACUGAUCAUGUCUUUGUCAGUGGGAAAACGUACAAAAUCAGCAGGGGAUCAAAUACUUUUUUCCCCUCACUGUAUGUAAACUUCUGACCCACUAGAAUUGUGAUACAGUGAACAAGUGAAAUAAUCUGUCUGUAAACAAUUGUUGGAAAAAUUACUUGUAUCAUGCACAAAGUAGAUGUCCUAACCGACUUGCCAAAACUAUAGUUUGUUAACAAGAAAUUUGUGGAGUGGUUGAAAAACAAGUUUUAAUGACUCCAACCUAAGUGUAUGUAAACUUCCGACUUCAACUGUACAGUAGUACAUACUCGAUUUGAUCUCUCCCAUCAUUGAUCUUUACAACUCUGUGCCCAAUAUCAAAUUUUUAAUAAUGUAGUCUCUGCUUUUCAGUUGUUUCAACAACUCCGAUGGAGACUUUCUCAUUGGUCAGUCAAAUAUGUAUUUGGUCUUUGAAGUACACAUAAACACAACAUAACAUAAGCAGUCUUAAGUACUCUCCCACCUUCCUCUGUCUUGUAGUGCCCCAGCAGGGGGAGAUUCUGGUCACUACAGAGUUUGGGAAGAUGAUGGUGGAACCCAACGAGAUCUGUGUCAUCCAGGUGAGACGGCAACACCUUUCAAUCUCUGCUGUUCACCUGAAUCCUCUUACCUUUUUCUCCCUCAUCACCUGACUCUCUUACCCGUCCUCCUCACCUGUCCAUCACCUCACCUGCAUGUCCCCUGUGUGUUGCAGCAAGGAAUGCGUUUCAGUGUGGAUGUGUUCGGGGAGACCAGAGGCUACGUGUUGGAGGUGUACGGAGCGCACUUUGAGCUCCCCGACCUGGGACCCAUAGGUGUGUGUGACACCCCUUCUCUACCUCCACAUGUCAACGCCUUGACUUUAACCCUCUCACCUUUCAACACCAUAACAUCUGUGAACCAAUCGUCCUACUAGGGGGCAACGGACUGGCCAAUCCCAGGGACUUCGUAACUCCGGUGGCGUGGUAUGAGGACCGCGAGGUAGCCACAGGCUACACUGUUAUCAACAAGUACCAGGGCAAGCUCUUCUCCAGCCAACAGGUGUGUGUGUGUGUGGGGACAUGCUUGCUUAUUUCUGCUAUGUGCGUUAGUACACACGUGUGUGUCUUUGGGAGCAUAUGUGCAUGUUCUUGCACAGACAUUACAAUACACUGCAUUAUAAUUCAUGAUAGUAGCUUGUAAUGUAUACAUGGGACACCACUAAUUUUAGCGUUUAGCUAGCCAUCCCAACACUGAGGCAUAGAUUCAAUCAGAUAGCUGACACCCGCAUAGCUGAUGUUUUGGCGGUGUCGGAGGUGGAACUGCGUUGGAGCUGUCAAAUCGGUGAGCAGCUGCUCUUGUGAUCAUUGCCAUUAAGCCACACCCAUCCCACUCCCAUUAGAAGUUCAGAACAAGAAAGUGUAGGCUAUAUAGAAUUAAUGAGGAUUUCUAUCAGCCUAAUCAAGGUGUAGAUUACAUCUCACAUUCCAGUGUUCGAACUUGUAAACAAGGCUGCAUGGGAUUUCUCUUAAUGUGACUCAGUGCAGCCAAUGGCAACGUCUGCUUUAGGUAUAAUGCCGGGAGCUGCUUGUGGAUUUGACAGCUCUAAAGCAGUUCUACCUUUGACACUGUCCAAACAUCAGCUAUGCGGAUGUCGGCUAAAGCGGAUCUGAUUGAAUCGGGCCCUGAGAAUAGCUGUACAGACUAUUAAAGUGAGGCCUAUUAGCAGUUAGCUGCGAGUUAAUACAGAACUGCUAUUGGGCUCUAUUAGCGGUUAGCUGCACAUUAACAUUAAACUGCCAUCCCCAAAUGAUUUAAUGUGAAACGCCUGACUGUUCUGCUCAGCAGCAGGCUCCAGUCUCGGCUCCCUUACCAGCCUUAAUCACUAAUAAUUAGUUAGCUCGUCCAGGAGUUCCCGCCAGAUACCUGCCUGUCCUUUCAGGGGAGAAAACCUUGCUUGAGUUAAGCACUAAUUUCAGCAUAUUUCACUGGGGAAUGAUUUCCCGCCCUGCUCUGAACGCGUCCUGUCGAGCAGGUAAUUGGAUCGACUCAUUUUGUCUGACAGUAGGGGAUUUUAAGGAGACAGGGCGAAAGGAUGCGUGUGUCUCUGUGUUAAUGUGUGUGUGAGGGAGGUAACUGUGGAAACACCUGUUAGAGGGGAUAUAUGCAUGGGAUAUACACCGGACCCUUCUUUCUUUCGUUAACCUCUCUCUACCUCUCUCCAUCCACCACUCUCUUUCUCUCUGUGUCUCCCUCUUUGGGGUCAGACUGGGUGUUGGGGCUUGCUCUUUCCCCCCACCUAACCUGAGACUGCAGGGAGUGUGUGUGUGUCACACACAGAUUGGAAGUGGAGGGGGGGGGGGGGGCAGGUUCCAUCUCUGCUGCAUCUCAUCCUGCUGUUUGGUCCUCCUGCAGAGAGAUGAAAUUGCUCAAAUUAACUUAUUAUUUGCUUGACUGGGCCAAUAUGUUUGUGUUUUGUGUGUGUGUGUUUUUAUUAUCUUGUGCUACAUUUUUAAUCGAGUCUGCCAGAGUUAUCACCGGAACUGUAAUGCCCAAGAGAUUACCUGCCUUGGGGUCCUUAGACCCCCUGGGUGUAUGGUGACUGUGUGUGUGUGUGUUUGAACUGUAUGCUAGUGUGUGUUUUAUGGUUUAUGUCUGUGGGAGUAGGAAGAAUAUAUGUGUGUGAGAAUGUGUGUGUGUGCUUGCGCACAUGUGACAAGGUACAUGGGUCAGCCCUGAAGACAGCUUGUAAUGAAUUAUAUUGAUUUUAGAGCUACCAUUGAAUAUCUCUUUCACAGUGACAUUAUCAGAACAGCACUGCUAUAUAAAAUUGCUCUGGUUUUAACAAUCAAGAUAAAGAAAUAUCUCUACACCGUCUCCCUCUCCCCCCUCUCUCUGCGCCACGGGCGCUGAAAGUUUGAUAGUGAAGCCAAUUACUGCAUAAUACCUGCUGGUGCUGAGGAUCACAAAGAACGGGGUAAAUUAAAAAAAGAGCAGAGAAGGAAAAGAGGUACACCGUGUUUUAAAUCACCCUUGAGUUCUUUUUUUCUUCUUUUCAUGUAGCUUUACGGCUGUUUUUUUUUUCAAUAGCCUAAAAUGAACAUUGGCUUUAGGUAAGGCUAUAUCUCAAGUUCAAAGGUGCAGUAGACCAGGCGGUGCUGCCUCACCCCUGCUACCGCGUUCCCUGCUAUACAUUUGUUUAUUAUUAUGUUUCUUCUUGUGUGUGUUUGUAGGAUUUCUCUCCCUUCAAUGUGGUGGCGUGGCACGGGAACUACACACCGUACAAAUACAACCUGGAGAACUUCAUGGUCAUCAACUGUGUGGCCUUCGAUCAUGCGGUGAGAACCUCACACACAGGCAGAAAGCCAGAGGUCCCUCCCCUCUGACCUUCUCCUCCAAUGGGUUUUGAGAAGGUGACGAGGAGAGGAUGCCAGGAGUAUGCAAUUGAGAUCUUCCCACAAAUGCAUACACGUGCACACGCACAAGCACGCACACUUAUCCUUCCUCUCCUCCAUCUCUGCACCAGGAUCCUUCCAUCUUCACAGUGUUGACGGCCAAGUCCACUCGUCCAGGAGUCGCCAUCGCUGACUUUGUCAUCUUCCCCCCGCGCUGGGGAGUGGCCGACCACACAUUCAGACCCCCCUACUACCACAGUAUGAUACACACACUUCUAAGCCUUACCCUCAGAAAGAAUAACUAAAUAGCUACUUCUUAUGCUUGUCUUUAGUUCUGAUGUUACCGACACGUUUGUCCUUUCUAGCAUGCCACUCUAGUGACUACCCUUACCCUGGUCUCUUUGUGUGUUUUGUAGUAGUGUGUUUGUGUUAUGUCAGAGCACCCCCUGUCUGUGUUCCAGGGAACUGUAUGAGUGAGUUCAUGGGGCUGAUCAAGGGCCACUAUGAGGCCAAGGAGGAGGGCUUCCAGCCAGGAGGGGGCAGUCUCCACAGCAUGAUGACCCCUCACGGUCCUGACAGAGACUGCUUCGAGAAGAACAGCACCGCUCCCCUCAAACCAGAGAGGGUGGCCGAGGGGACCAUGGUAACACAUGAUGUGAUCACAAUUCUUAAACAGCUGUACAUAUCAGAGUGGGACAUCAAGUAACAUCCUUCCUCCAUCUCAGGCCUUCAUGUUUGAGUCGUCGUUCAGCAUGGCGGUAACUAAGUGGGGUCUAGAGACGUGUCAGAGACUGGACAAGAGCUACUGGCAGUGCUGGGAGCCGCUCCGCAAACACUUUGACCCCAACUGGAGGCCCAGGAAACAGUAG